CUCCAAACCACAUCACCGCCAUUCUCAGUUUCACAGACAGAGAGAGAGAGAGAGAGAGAGAGAGAGAGAGAAAUGGCUGGUUUGCUAGCAUGGGCAGCGGACGUAGUGGGAGCGAGUGGACCCCAAAACAACGAAGAAGACGAUCCCAAUUCGGUCCCAAUAGUAUUCACCACAGAGCAGCAAAACUACGCUCAAGAACUCGACCGAAAAGCAGCCUCUCUGAGCCGUUCGAUUCAGGAUCUACGGCUCAGAUUGCCUCCCCCUGACAUCUCUCAGCGCCUCCCUCAUCUCCACGCUCACUCCCUCGCUUCCAAUGCCGCUCUUGCCCUCCAACUCAAUUCCCACUCUGCCACACGUGAACAGGUCCAAUUGAGAGAGGUGAAACUACAGGAAGAAAAUGCUGCGUAUGAAAAGGCUAUAUCAAAUUGUGAGAAUAAAAUACAGGAGAAAAUGCAGGAGGCAGACCUCCUGCAUAAGAAGUUGGAGGAAAUGGAUGAGACUGAGAAAAAUCUGAGAGCUGAGCAGGAAAGUACAGAAGCUGCUUUUGUUGCCAACCAAUCUGGCAGAUCCAGUGAUUCAGCUGUUGAAUCCAAGGUGUCAGUCAAUGCUGAACCAGAUACAGAAGUAAUGAAGUCUGCAAUACUGGAGAAGUUAGAGAACAAGAAGAAAGAAUUGAGUUCAAUGGAAGAAAUAGUUCAAGAUUUGGAGAAAAAAUGGACGCAAGUUCAAGAUAAGGCGUUGAAGCUGCCUUCCCCAGCUCAAAGAGAGAAGAUAUUGGACAAACAGCUUCACAGCCUAAUUGAGCAACUGGAGGCAAAACAGGUACAAGCAGAAAGCCUGGUUAGUGAAAUUCAUCUAAAAGAAAUGGAGUUAGAAAAAUUGAAUGGAUUGAGGGUUGAAAGGAGCAACAUAGAAGCCAAUAAUGCCCGGAAUCGGUUUGGAAGAAGCACAUCCGGGAAAGGAUAUGGGUCUUCAGAUUAUAUUGUUGAUGCGCAUCUCAAACCUCCUUAUUACCCUGGUGGCCGAUCUGAAAAUCAGCAGAAACUUAUGCUAAUCAGGCAAGGAGGCAUGGAGGAUACAACAUACCCGCACAUAAUUUUGGAUGGAAUUACCGUAACGUAAUAUGUACUUUACUCAAGGUUUAUAAAUAACACUAACAUUUCUCCAAAGUUUAUUGUUGCUGCUGACCUCUCUUUCAGGUUCUAUAUUGACUGAUAAGCACAUGUUUUGAUACUUUUAGUUUAGAAGCAUUUUAGUGACUGUAUGGUGUCCUCAAUAAUGUGCACAUCUUGUCUGCUAGACCUGGUUAUUGCUGGGAACACCUCCAUUGUGUACCGUUGGAACAAGGAUGAAAAGAUAUUUUAG